AGGUUGGAACGGAUCCGCAAUAAAAAUACGACUCUGAUCGUGCAUUGCACGCAGACUGAACCCAAGCAUCGCCUUUAAAAACACCAUGCUCUCAUUCAACGCCACCAUUCCCCUCUCAGUUGACUUUGAUCGCCCUGAAGACUACUUCAUUUUUCUGUUCCAUAUCAUUUUCGCCACUAGUGCGGUCCUGCUCGCGGGCUCAGUGGCGAUUGCAAUCUCGAUCACGAAGAGUCUUCGACGUCAGAACAGAUUUAUUUUCAUGCUCAAUACCAGCAUUAGCGACACUCUUGUCGGAUUCUCUGCGUAUUAUCUCGGUCUGUUUGACGUACAGGAAGGAUUCCCGUCGAGGAACGGUACAUAUUACAUUCUACCUACACUUCUUGGUGUAAAUGUUUUUACUUUCCUCUUCGCGCAGUUUGACCGCUACGUCGCGGUUUGCUAUCCCUUCUUUUACGACCGAUACAUCGUGCAACCGGUAGCUGUUGGAGCUUGUGUGUACAGCUGGGUUCACUCGUAUUCAAUAUUAUUAGUAAUGAACGUCGUCCCCGUUUCAAUAGCCGCACGAAUAAGCGCAUUUAGCAUUGUAGCCUUACAGGUUGUAGUCAUCACUAAAAUUAUAAUGACCAUAAAGUUGUAUGUAAUUGCCAGGUAUCAGCUUGCACGAAGCCCGCCGAGCGCUGACAAGGAGAACAAGAAGGAAUCGCUGAGGAUAAUAGUAUUUGUAGUCAUAACCUUCUUAACGCUGUGGGGUCCCUCGUUCGUCAAUAUUAUUGUAAGGCAGCAAACGUUUCGCGGCAUUAUAUUUAGAAAUGAAGCCACGAACCUCUUUGCCAUUAUGGCGCGAUUUAACGCGCUUGCAACGCCCGCUGUGUACGUCUGGGGAAGCCCCGCGCUGCGCGAGGCUUUGAAGAACACCGUCUGGGGGAGAGUGUGUCCAAAGCGGAAAAGAAGGUAG